CGCCUUCGAUCAUUAUUUUCAAACCUAAGCUCUCACACAUUAUUAACUGAUUCAAACACUCAUUGACUUCAUUGAACUGUUCUUUCUCUCUCUAGAUUUCCCCUUUUUUUUGGUUGGGUUCAAUUUUCAAUUAUUAACUUUUGAGGGUUUUAAAGCUAGGGUUUCUGAGGAAUUGGAGUUCCGGUCCUGCCACCGAUUCAAUCGCCAAUGGAGGCCGCGGCUAGUGUUGCUGCCGCACGCGGUGUUUCUCUCCCCGUGUCCUCCCCUCAGGUUUCUCGCAAGGAGUGGCGGGUCGUGUCCGACCCAUCGGAGACGGAACGUUCCAAGUUUGGGCAGACGGAUGAGAGAUUGAUAUACGAGGUGCAGCAGGGGAGAGGUCCGGCUGAUGUGGACUUUUGCUCUAUUACUGUUGAUGGAAGCCUGGACAAUGACCCUCUGCAGCAUAGACUUAGUACUGUGGCGAAACAAAGAGAAGAGUUGCAGAGAAUGGAGACUGAGCUUCGGGCUCAGCUUAUUGCUAAGUCUGAGAUUUUGGAAAUGAGGAAUUCCUUUGAUGCUCAAGUCAAAGAACAAGCAAAUGCCAAUGCUAAGCUUCAGGAGCAACUGCGUGAAAGAGAGCAGAAGAUAUAUGAGUUGGAAAGAAGGAUGGAAGAGAAGGAAAGGGAGUUGCAUGCAAUAAGAUUGGACAAUGAGGCGCAGGCUUGGGCAAAAGAGGAUCUACUUAGAGAACAAAGCAAAGAACUGCAAACUUACAGGAGAGAGAGAGACAACUCUGAGGCUGAAAGAACCCAGUACAUUAAACAAAUCCAUGAGCUUCAGGAACAUAUUCAAGAGAAAGAGCGGCAGUUCAUGGAAUUACAAGAACAGAAUAGAAUUGCUCAGGAGACCAUUGUUUACAAAGACGAGCAAAUGAGGGAGGCCCAGGCUUGGAUGGGUCGAGUUCAGGAAAUUGAUGCUUUGCAGCAAGCUGAAAUACGUGAACGAACAGAGCAGUGCAAUCAGCUUUGGCUUGGUUGCCAGAGACAGGCUGCUGAGAUGGAGCGCCUACAUCUGCAUAUACAACAGCUCCAGAUAGAAUUGACAGAAGUAAGAGAAAGGAAUGGUACCUUCUCUGAUGGUUCUCAAGUCUCUAAAGCAAAUUCAAAAGAUGCUACUCAGAUUGGGAAGAGUGCUAACAACCAACUUUAUGAGAGUGGAAAUGAUGCCCCUGGUGGAAACUCUGGCAACCUACCCAAUGGAAAUGAUGAAAAUUCUUCUUCAUUUGCUGCAGUGAAUGUUUCAACUCAGAGUGAUCAUGUCCAUGGUCUUCCACUUGCUCCUUCAUCCUUACUUGGGAUGCCAACCUACAUCCCUCCAGGCCAGAUUACUGCAUUGCAUCCUUUUGUUGUGCAUCAACAGGGUAUUCCCCCUUCUGUACCUCAGUCUCAUGUUGUUCAUUUUCACUCUGUACCAGCAUCUGCAAUGCCGUCUCUCCAACAAUGGCCCAACCAACAGGUUAUGUCGGAAGGUUCACAGUUGUCUUCUCACAACCAAUCUCCUCUCCAAACUGACUCAACCUUGUUGAGAUCUAAUUCUAGUUACCAGUACGAAGCAUCUGUCAAUGGGAAUGCAAUUCAUUCAGAUUAUUUGGAUGCCAAUAUUAGCCAAGAGAUUGAACCAAAGGAUUCUGUAGCUCAUUCCAGUGAAGGGGGGCAGCAGGUUCCUCAAUCUGUUGAUGAAAACUACCUUCCUGAUCCUCAAACUCAGCAGUCCGUGCAACACAUCUCUUCACAGUUUCAUGAUGGUCUAAGGUUGGAUCCUGUUGAACAAAAUAAUGAGUUUCAGGGGAAGAAUGUGAACUCUUCACCUAUUCCUGUGCUGGAGUCCCAAGGAUUGAUGACAGGAGAAGUUAGUUCUGCUGCUGAUAAAUUGCCAUCUAAUGUUCCAGAGCCAGCGAGUAACUUAAAUGAGAAAGUAACGAACUCCAACUCUAAUGCUGCUAUACCUGAAACAUUGGUUUCUAUGGGCCAGAAAAAUGCGUAUACUGCUGCUAAAGCUGUGGAGCCUACUCUACUUGAUGAACAAUCAUUACUAGCUUGCAUAGUUCGCACUAUUCCACCUGGCUCUAGUGGCCGAAUUAGGAUUAGUUCAACGCUCCCAAAUAGGCUUGGAAAAAUGCUUGCACCUCUGCACUGGCAUGACUACAAGAAGAAGUAUGGGAAACUUGAUGACUUUGUUGCGAGUCACCCUGAAUUAUUUGUGAUUGAUGGGGACUAUAUUCAGCUUCGAGAAGGAGCUCAAGAGAUCAUAGCAGCCACAGCAGCUGUGGCUAAAGUUGCUGCAGCCACUGCCACACCAUCAUUAUAUCCAUCACGCAUACAUUCUGUUGCUGUUACUCCCAUGGCUCAGUCUCACAGGUUGAAGAAGACUGCUGAUGACAUUUCUCAAUUGAUGGCAAUGCAAAGUCAGCAUUCGAAUGGUGCCUACAGUGGUGGAGGGGGCAUUUCAAAUGUGAAAAUUUUGGCAAAACCCAGAGGUCCAAUGGAGCUGAAUGCCUCUGAAACUAGGGAUGCAUCUUCUGUACCACUUGCAGUGGGUAAUGGAUCAUCUCAUGGGAGAACUAGUCUGAAUGCACAUGGCUUACAGCAGGGCAGGAUCACUUCGGUCUCAUCCAACUCAAGAAGAUAGAAAUGGUUACUUGGAAGAUUGUACAUGGGAUUGAAAUGACUGGUUGAUGGUGAGAUGAGAUUGGAUGGUUGGUUUAUAUUACAGAAUGGAAACAUUGUCUGAUGAGUAUGAUUAUUUCCCAUUUUGUUGGGAAUCAUACCUUACUUAUUAUUUUAUGGUGGGUGUACUGUUUUUUUUUGGGUAUAGAAGGGAUGUGUAUUCAAUUGCUCAAAGGUGGUGACAUUGAUGCGAAUAGAAUGUUUUGGAAUUUUAGUUUUUUUUGGAAAGAGGUUGCUGCUGAUUCGCGGUCGCCUAAUGUUCGAUUUCUUAAAGUA